GGGAUCGCAGGUGGCUGUGCCGCUCGCAACUCCAGGCUGGGUGGCCUCCGGCUCCCCGCCCCCGGUGGGCGGGCCCGGGGCGGAGCACCCAGGCGGGGUGGGCCGGGGACGCGAGGCGGAGCGGGGCCCCCCGCACAGGCCGCGGCGGCUGGCUCGGCCCUACGGUCCCGGCGGCGGCUGCAGGAGGAAGCCCGGUGGCUGCGGAGGAGGGGAGGCGGAGAGGCCGAGGCCGCUCGCGAAGACGCUCCCCGGCUCCGCAGGGAAAGGCUCCUAGAAGGUGAGUACGGACGGUAUGCAAAGUUGUGAAUCCAGUGGCGACAGUGCGGAUGACCCUCUCAGUCGUGGCCUACGGAGAAGGGGACAGCCUCGUGUGGUGGUGAUCGGCGCUGGCUUGGCUGGCCUGGCUGCAGCUAGAGCACUUCUGGAGCAGGGCUUCACAGAUGUCACUGUGCUUGAGGCUUCCAGCCACAUUGGGGGACGUGUGCAGAGCGUGAGACUCGGAGACGCCACCUUUGAGCUGGGAGCCACCUGGAUCCAUGGAUCCCACGGGAAUCCUAUCUAUCAACUAGCAGAAGCCAAUGGCCUUUUGGAAGAGACAACAGAUGGGGAGCGCAGUGUGGGCCGCAUCAGCCUCUACUCCAAGAAUGGCGUGGCCUGCUACCUUACCAACCGUGGCCGCCGCAUCCCCAAGGACGUGGUUGAGGAAUUCAGCGAUUUAUACAACGAGGUCUAUAACUUGACCCAGGAGUUCUUCCGGCAUGGUAAACCAGUCAAUGCUGAGAGUCAGAACAGUGUCGGGGUGUUCACCCGGGAGAAGGUGCGGAAUCGCAUCAAGGAUGACCCUGACGACACAGAGGCCACCAAGCGCCUGAAGCUCGCCAUGAUCCAGCAGUACCUGAAGGUGGAGAGCUGUGAGAGCAGCUCCCACAGCAUAGAUGAGGUGUCCCUGAGCGCCUUUGGAGAAUGGACGGAGAUCCCCGGCGCCCAUCACAUCAUCCCCUCGGGCUUCAUGCGAGUUGUGGAGCUGCUGGCUGAGGGCAUUCCCCCACACGUCAUCCAGCUGGGGAAACCCGUCCGUUGCAUCCACUGGGACCAGGCCUCGGCUCGCCCCCGAGGUCCUGAGAUUGAGCCCCGUGGUGAGGGUGAUCACAAUGACGACACUGGGGAGGGUGGCCAGAGUGGAGAGAAUCCCCAGCAGGGGAGGUGGGACGAGGAUGAGCAGUGGCCUGUAGUCGUGGAGUGCGAGGAUUGUGAGGUGAUCCCAGCGGACCACGUGAUUGUGACCGUUUCGCUGGGCGUGCUCAAGAGGCAGUAUACCAGUUUCUUUAGGCCAUGCCUGCCCACGGAGAAGGUGGCUGCCAUCCACCGCUUGGGCAUCGGUACCACUGACAAGAUCUUCCUUGAAUUCGAGGAGCCCUUUUGGGGCCCUGAGUGCAACAGCCUGCAGUUCGUGUGGGAGGAUGAGGCAGAGAGCUGUACCCUCACCUACCCACCUGAGCUCUGGUACCGCAAGAUCUGUGGCUUCGAUGUCCUUUACCCGCCAGAGCGCUAUGGCCAUGUGCUGAGUGGCUGGAUCUGUGGGGAGGAGGCUCUCGUCAUGGAGAGGUGCGAUGACGAGGCUGUGGCUGAGAUCUGCACAGAGAUGCUUCGGCAGUUCACAGGGAACCCCAAUAUACCAAAACCUAGGCGAAUCCUGCGCUCAGCUUGGGGCAGCAACCCAUACUUCCGGGGUUCCUAUUCAUACACACAGGUGGGCUCAAGUGGGGCAGAUGUGGAGAAGCUGGCCAAGCCCCUGCCCUACACAGAGAGCUCCAAGACAGCGCUGGUAAAGGACUUGCCUGACAUGUCUGAAGCCCUGGGUACGAUGCCCAGCACCUCAGAAGCCCGAAGCCCUGGGUACGAUGCCCAGCACCUCAGAAGCCCUGCAUAGUAGUGUGCACCUGUGAUCCUCGCACUGGAGAGGUAGAGGGGAGAGGACCAGAAGUUCAGAGUUAUCCUUGGUCACAUAGUUUAAGGUGAGCCUGAGAUACAUAGACACUGUCUUAAGGCAAAGAAAAACUUGAGAAUACUGCCCUUCCCCAAAUUAGGCCAACUGUACUCUAAGACGAAAAGAAAUCUGAGGCCAACAAGAUGGCUUGGUGGGAACCGGGCAGUGGUAGCACACGCCUUUAAUCCCAGCACUUGGGAGGCAGAGGCAGGCGGAUUUCGGAGUUUGAGGACAGCCAGGGUUAUACAGAGAAACUCUGUCUCAAAAAACAAAAAACAAAACACAAAACAAAACAAAACAAAAAAAGGUGGCUUGGUGGGUAAGGGAGCUUGCUACCAACCCUAAUGGCUUGGUGGGUAAGGAGGCUCACUGCCAACUCUGAUAACCGACCUGGGUUCAAUGCCUAGGACCCAUGCAAAAGAUAGGAGGAGAGAAUUAUUGAUUCCUGCUAGCUGUCCUGAUUUCUGUAUGAACAUGAUGGCACUCGCACACACUGUUAAAAACGAACAGAAAUAUGCUCCCAUAGUAAAUUUUGUUCACUAACUGUGAACGUACAUUAAAUGUUAAAAUGUAACAAUUACAUUUAAAGUAUUUUUUUUGAGUUAUUGAUGAAGGAGAUUUCUGUCAAUGAAGGUAUCUGUCUAGCUGUGCUUAGAGAGGGCAUCUUCCUUCAAAGGAGCUCCCCUGGCUGUGACAAAAGCAAAGCAAAGCAUAAACAAUUGACAAAAAUCUGAGGGUGGUGGUGGAGGAGCACAUCUCGUUAGCUCCGGCCUCCAUGUUCAGUUGUGCUUCAAGAGGGCAGUGAGAACAGUGGUGCUUAUGUCUUCGGCAAUAGCAGGGAAAACUACAUGGACCAGAGAGGAAAUUCCCUGGAGCUGAGACAGCAGUACACCUGAGCUCAUUGGCUAGAAUUCAGUCACAUGAUUACACAUUGCGGACAGAGAGGCUGAGCCAUGUCAUUUUCAUUACUUUGAAUAACUUUGGAACCAGUUUAGAACUAGGACUUGAGCUGGUAGUGGUGGUGUACAGUUUUAAAUCCCAGCACUCAAGCGGUAGAGGCAGGUGGAUCUCUAUGAGUUCCAGGCCAGGCAGGAUAUGUAUUUUGAGACCCUGUCUCAAAACAAACAAACACCAGAAGAAGUAAGGCUUGACUAAAAAAGGAGGAGAGUAGAGGGUGAGUGUGGGAGGGCGGCCUGUGCUGAGCCCCAGCGCAUCCUCUUUCCCAGCCCCUUUAUUGGUAGGUAUAGCUUACCAGGCAGCUGGUUAGGGAUGCUUGUUCUUAGUGUAGACUUGGUGGAUUCAACACUGCGUUCUUGGAGCAA